GCCCUCGCCGCCGCCUCCUCGCCCACCUGGCCGCGCUCGGCUCAGCAGCCGCCGCCGCAGCAACAUGUUGCCCAGGGGAGCCUCGUCCAUGCCGCCGCCUCCCAACCCCGCUCCCUACUUCCCGCCUCCGCGGGUCACGCUGCCCUCUGGCCUGGAGAUCCUGCGCACCUUCUCGGGAGCCGUCAUCUUCCUGGAGAUCCUGUUCGGAACAAUAGUCUGGAUUUUGGUUGCCUCUACCCGAGUUCCGCUGCCACUGCUGCAGGGAUGGGUAAUGUUUGUGGCGGUGACUGCAUGGUUCCUCUCCAUUGUGUUCCUCUCUGUGUUCCUCUUUGGUUAUGCAAAUAGAAUUGCUGUCAACUGGAACCAGGCGGAUUUUAUUUUCCAUGGGGCUACUUUUGUCUUUUAUUUUGGAGCAUUUCUUCUGCAAGCAGCAACUACAUCUCUGCAUCACUUACCCCGCAAAUUCAACUCCACCACACAAGAGAGUAUUCUAAGUGGUCGUGAAUAUAACAUAAGCAUAGCAGCCUCGAUUUUUGCCUUUGCAACAGCUGUUUGUUAUGGUUGCAGCACAGCCCUGGCAUUAAGGAGAUGGAGGCUAAAUAACAGUUGAAGAGAGGUUAAUACCCACGUGUUCCACUUCAGAUCAAAUUAAGUGCUACUUGUCUGUUUUACUGUAAUUUAAUUCCAAAAAGACUUCUUUUUUUCCUUUUUAAAAUUUGUUCUAAAUGCAAGUAACCCCUAAUCAGGAUUUCCUCAACAGAAAACAGGUUUCCAUCUCUUCCCUUUCUAAUAUUUACUUUCACUGUGUACACAUUGUAAGUGUACUUAUUGUAGGGUAUUAGAGAGUUUAGGAAUAAACUAAAAGAGGUAUGUCAUUACAGACAACAGAAUUCCAGUGCUACACCAGAAGAGGAAGAAAAUGGAAACUAAGCCAAGAUGUUAACUGCACAGGCAGCUAAAAAUCUCCCCCCUUGUUAAAUCUUGGGAUUAAAUGCUUUGCAGCAUUACAGUGCACUCCACACAGGUAGAGCCUUGAGGCUCCUGGUAGAGUCAUGGGUGUUCUGUGUGCUGCCCUUUGCAUGAUCAGAACCCAAGCUGACUUUGAAAUUCCAACUUAGUAUAUAUAUAUAUAUGUUAUUAACUUUGAUGUACAGAGAAAGUAUUUUAAAAAACCAUCCAGUGAAAUCUUUUUAUACUCUCUUAUAGCUAUGUCUAGCUAGGGUCACCUGAUCCUUAAAGCUUACUGUGUUCCAUACUAGAUGAAAACUGGGACUGUCAAUCAGUAGUUUGUUAGUUUUAGGAAUUUAGCUUAAUCAGAUCUAUUUAUACUACAAAACAAAACAGUGCAUUUGUGUUGUGUGUGUAUAUACAUGGUAUGUUUUUGUUUAACAGGAAUUUUUGCACUGUUUAACUUAGUUGGACUACAGCUUUGUUCUUGCUGCUUCAAGUGCUGCAUUUGUUAGGUAUUAUAUGAGUCAAUAUAAUUUGAAUGGAAUGUUGCCAAAUAGUGAAUAAUGUCUGACCUCAAUUCUUGUACUGUGUUAUUUGAUGCAUUCUAAACCUGCAGUGUUGUAAAGGUGUUUUUAUUUGGACAGAUGCCUGUGCAACCUCUUACUGAAAUCAGUGGAAUGCAAAGCAGUCCCCCCACUAUGGAGUUUGCUUUUCGCAUGAAUGAUGUUUAAUUGAGUCUUUCUUGAAUAUCCUGGUGUAUGAUGACAUGUGAUAUUAUAUAUAGAAAAUUGAUUUAGCAAAACUAAAUGAUAGCUCCCUGACACUCAUGUCAUUUUGCACAUGGUGAAGCUUUUUGUUAUUUUACUAGUAAAUAAUUUUUGCUUUUGUGAAUAGUGCCAAAAAGAUAAGCUGGGACAAUAAAAGCUCCCUGUCAUUUGUAAAACAACUUGUUCACUACAUCUUGCCAGUGUACCUGAUUAUUCUGCAGAGACCAGCAGUGGUUGUGUAAGGGAAGACAGGAUUUCCUUCAUUCCCAAGCCACUCUUCUCCUUGAGCCAACAAGGGUGUCUGCCAUGGAGGUUACUUUAUCCAACUUGUCAGGUACAAGGAUCUCUGAGGGGCACCCACCCUCAGCAGUGCCCUGCUGACCCAGGGCAGAUUCUUGUGAGUUACACAGCAGUGAGCAGCACCCUUCUGACUAUGGAACCACUCAGUUGUCCUGAAUUACUACAAUGGGAUGUUGUCAUAUAUCUGUUUCCUGAAAGUUUUUUCAAAUCUUGCAAAGCUUUUGUACUCUGGCUGAUUUUUGUCCCCCCUAAUUCUCUAAUUGCAUUGAAACUUUUUGUGAAUGUUUUAUCUAGAGCCAUAUACUUUUAAAAAUACUUUGUAUUGUAUAAAAUACAUUUACACUGGAGUAUAUGGAUGAAAGUAUAUAACAAAGACUUACGCUAAGCAGCAUUAAAGUUACUUAAUAUAUUUA